AUGCCAGCCAUUCCAAGAGUUGAUAGGUUAAAAAACCUAUACACAGCGGCCAAACAAUUAAACUUUGCAUUCAGAAUGGAAGGUAAGUUCUAUAUCUUUAUUGAUUAUACUUUUAGGAUUCCCAUCGAUUCCACAGCACAGUGGCUGGGCUAGACGUGCUAUACCUCAGCUGCAACGUCUUACUAUUAACUUCGACAUGAAGAACGAGGCUUCGGUUGGGAUGAGGCAGUUUAUUGAGCAUGAGCUGAAUAACUUUGCUCGCGAGAAUCCUUCUGUUGCCAUUUAUGUGAUUCCAAGGCGGCAAGCUAUACCAACAGCUCGUGGAGAGUAUGCCAAUGGUCGUAUGGUGCACAUGAAUCUUAAGGGAAUGAUGUGAGUGUUCUUUUUUUAAUUUUAUUGAUUUAGGUAUGUUCACGGUCUUGGUAUCAAUAAAACAUGAUUUUUAGUCAUACUGAAUAUAACUUAACUAUUAAACCUAAAUUCAAGUAAAGUAUAUUAAAAUCAAAUUUUUUAUAGGCUAAACGAAGUAUCCAGACAUAUUAACCACCUCCGCACCCGUUCUGGAGAGCCUGUUGAGAAGCUGAAAGCUCUUCAAACCGCUCAAGUCAAGUCGAUACAAGGAGAAUGGAGUCCGUUGGACAGUUUGGAUCAGGAACAGAACAUAUUCUUCAUGAAUCUACCUCAAAAACAGUUUAAUGAGCCGAUUUCCACAGAAGUUUCGGCCACGGAAUACGUUCAGAAGCACAGUGUAGCUGCGGAAUCUUGA